AGCCAAACCUAGGCAAAUACAAAUCAAAGAACUCAAGUAUUUCAUUGUUGAUAUUAGUUAAUCAUAAGAUAUUACGUUUCUAAGGUUAUCACCUGGCCAAUGGUACCUAACAAUAUUGGUUUCAAGACUACCAGUUAUUACCAGUUAACCAUUUCGGUGUGUUGCUGUGUGUGGUUGGCAGGGAAGUCAUGUUGGUGCUGUAGAACCUGUCUGGUGGCUCUUCGUGCAUUUAUCUGACAGAAACCUCAUGACAGUGAUCUUGCAUGACACAGUCACAUUCAUUUGGAGUUAAGAGGUGACAACAUCAGCAGCCGUGGAUGCACUCUCUUGAACAUAAACAGAUCAUCUGGUUUUCAUGACAUUUCCAGUGCUUAAAGUAAAAAAAUGAUGAAUGAUAAAAGUCAGGUUUUGGAUGUCAUGCAGGAAGGAGGCGUUGCCGUCACAGGCAUGAGAAAUCCAGCGAUUAAUCUGAGCGAAGGUGAGCAGUUUGUUACUGCCACCGUUCAUCUUGAUCAUCUGAGUAAAGAUGAAGUACUGAAGCUGAUCAAAAUCAUUGAGCCUUAUGACAAGAACCUUGAACUUAAGACUUCAGCAGAUCUGAAAGCAGAACUGUCUCUUGCCGAUCUUCGAUUGAACAGUGAACUUCCACAGGCAGGACUUCAUGCACCAAGACUCAAUGGAGGAAUAAAUGGCCCGAACCUCAAGGGUGGAAUCACGGUCCCCACAGUAAAUGGAGAAAUGCCAAAUAUUGAGCUAAAUAAAUCCACAACUAACUUCGGUACUCCAAAGUUCGAAAUGCCAACCUUUGACUUCUCUGACCCAAAGCUCAAAGGUUCAGGUAUAGAUGGCACAAUAAAAGCACCAGAUGUCAAUUUCUCCGCUCCUCAUCUAAACACCCCAGAUGUUUCUGUCAAUGUGGACAAACCUGAAUUCAAUGCCAAAACCCCAAGAUUUAAGAAGCCCAACUUCCAUCUACAUACCAAAAAACCAAAGGUGGGCGGUGAUGUGAAUUUAUCCACCCCAGACUUGAGUGCUGACCUAAAAACCCCUGAUCUGAGUCUGUCAUCCCCAAAGAUUAAUGGUGAACUCAACUCCCCUGAUAUAGAUCUGACCCUGCCCAAGACUGACCUCAGUGGAUCAGGUCUGGACAUUGAAACACCAAAAGGCAACAUUGACACUCCCUCUGGCAAGUUCAAAUUCCCCAAAUUUAAGAAAACCAAAACAGCAAAAGUGAAAUUACCAGAUGUGAAUGUUGAUACAGAUAUCGAUACACCAAAUCUCGCCCUUUCCACCCCAAAGGUGAAUGCAGAUGUCAGAGCGCCAAAUGUUGACAUUGAUCUGCCAAAAGCCAAUCUUGACACUCCCGGUGUAGAUAUUGAAUCUCCUAACAUGGAUUUAGAUCCUCCAUCUAGCAAAAUAAAGUGGCCAACAUUUAAGAAACCCACGUUUGGGCAUAAAGUUAAAGCACCAGAUGUUGACUUGGAUGCAAACGUCUCAACACCUGAUCUGAGUCUUUCGGCACCGAAGAUUAAAGGAGGAAUCAAUGCCCCAGAUGCAGAUGUGACUUUCCCAAGAGCUGACAUAAAGACCCCUAAUGUUGAUUUAAAAGCACCCGAUGUGGACAUUCAUGCUUCAUCUGGAAAGCCUAAAUUCCAUACUCUUAAAUUUCCAAAGUUUGGCAAAUCAAAGGUGAAGGUUCCACAUCUAGAUGCAAGCCUACAGACACCAGACUUGGAUUUAUCGGCUCCUGAUGUAGACAUAAAAGUGCCAAAAGCUACACUCGAUGGUCAGAAUCUAGAUGUCAAGGCACCAAACCUUAACCUCUCUGCACCAAACAUCAAGAGGGAUAUCACCACACCAGGCCUGGACUUUAAAACUCCAAACCUUGAUUUGGAUGCUCCAGAUGUUGAUAUAGAAGCACCCGAUGUGGACAUUCAUGCUUCAUCUGGAAAGCCUAAAUUCCAUACUCUUAAAUUUCCAAAGUUUGGCAAAUCAAAGGUGAAGGUUCCAGAUCUUGAUGCAAGCCUACAGACACCAGACUUGGACUUAUCGGCUCCUGAUGUAGACAUAAAAGUGCCAAAAGCUACACUAGACGGUCCGAAUCUAGAUGUCAAGGCACCAAACCUUAACCUCUCUGCACCAAACAUCAAGAGUAAUAUUACCACACCAGGCCUGGACUUUAAAACUCCAAACCUUGAUGUGGAUGCUCCAGAUGUUGAUAUAGAAGCUCCGUCUGCAAAGUUGAAGAAACCCAACUUUAAGAUGCCUAAAAUAAACCUCUCUGGGACAAAAGUGAAAGGGCCAAAUGCAGACCUCAAUGCACAAUUAAAAGGACCAAAUGUUGACGUCUCUGUCCCUGAUGUUAAUGUGAAAGCACCUAAAGCAGAUCUCCAAGGGCCUGAACUAGAGCUAAAAACUCCAGAUCUCAAUCUGUCAGCACCCAAAAUGAUGGGAAAAAUUAGCACUCCGGAUUUGGAUCUGGACUUGCCAGAGUCUAAUUUGAAAACUCCAAAUGUAGAUCUGCAAGCAUCAGCUCCAGAGCUAGAUUUAAGUUCUCCAAAAGCAGACAUCGAUGCCCCUUCCACCAAAGUUAAAUUUCCUCAUUUGAAACUGCCCAAAUUUGGUCUCACUGGAUCUCGGGUAAAAGCACCGAAAGUAGAUGUACCUGAUCUAGACGUGAACAUGCCUACAGGAAAACUCGAGGGACCUGAUCUAGAUAUGAAAGCACCGGAUCUCAGCCUUUCCACACCAAAGGUUAAAGGUGACAUAUCUUCUCCCUCCUUAGAUGUUGAUUUGCCAAAAGGUGACUUAAAAGCUCCACGUGCAAACAUUGGUGGAAGUCUAAAAUCACCAGAUCUAAAUCUCUCUGCCCCAAAUGUAGAUCUUAACUUGCCUAAAGUAGAGCUGGAAGGACCUGAUGCAGACCUGAAAGUCCCAGAUGUCGACAUAAAUGCCCCUUCUGGAAAAUUUAAGAUACCACAUUUUAAGAUGCCAAGACUGAAUCUUUCUGGAUCCAAAGUAAAAGGCCCAGAGCUGGAUGCUAAUGCAGAUUUUGAUGUCUCCGUUCCCAAACUCGAAGGACAAUUAAACGCCCCUGGUGUUGACCUGAAACUACCCAAAGGUAAUGUCAGUGUGCCUGACAUAAACGCAUCUUUACCACAAGCUGACGCAAGUAUUCCUGAUCUAGACAUCAGAUACCCAGACAUACAGUCUCCGUCUGGCAAGCUUAAACUGAUCACCACUGGCAUUGACCUAAAUGCAGAAGCUCCCGAUCUCAACCUCUCCGCUCCCACUAUUGAUGCAGAUGUCAAAGUUCCAGAUCCUGAUGUAAAGCUUCCCACAGCAGAUGUUGACAUUAAUGCCCCCAAAGGAAAGCUGAAAAUCCCAACAAUCAAACAUUUUAACUUAUCUGGCCCAAAAGUCAAAUCUCCUGAUGUUGACCUUUCUGCUGACGUAAGUGGACCAGAUCUAAACUUAUCAGCACCUACGGUUGGCACUCCUGACGUUGACGUGAAUCUACCCAACGCUACGGUUGAUGUUCCAAGUGUGAACGCUGAUAUCGACAGUUCCAAACGUAGGGUCAAAUGGCCCUUCAAAUGGGGCAAAUCCUCAGAAUCCCAAAAUGGCGAGAUAAACAUUGACGCACCAGAAGUCGAUACUCCCACUGCAGAAAUUAAACUUCCAAAAAAUAUGCCUGUGUUCAAGACCCACAGGCUACCCGAAAGCUGCAUUGACAGCUUGUUGCAAGAACGCAAUGGAGCAAUUGACCUCGACAGUGAGCCUUCCAAAGAACUAACUGACGCCAUGGCCUCGCUCAAGACAAAUUUGAGGUCUUCAUCUCCGUCUGCUGGGGUCAAUGGAAAGACAGCUGCUAUAGACAUCCGAGAAAGGCUGAGGUUUGCUAAUCUACGUCCCUCAAAGUCUGAUUUUGACAUAAUCCUAUCUUCAGAAACAGACAGCCCUAUAAAAGUGAAUAGAGGAACUUUUAAAGUUGCAAAGCCUGUUGCAGAAAAGGACUAUCCGGUAGUGGAGUCUACUAGCAAGGAAGAUGAUGAAAAUGACAAGCUUUCCCUAGGCUUGAACAAUAUGCUUUGUUUGUCAACGGAUUAAAAGUUUAUAAAAGUCUUAACACAGGUAUUAACCGCAUUAUCCACCCACCCCACCCUGAUUUAGUUAAUGCACAUGUAAAAAAAACUGUCCAGCUGUUAACUAAAGAAUGGGAUAUUGAUGAAUUGGUAAUGUUGAGAAAUGCAUUGAUGGUACAGCAUUAGUGAAUCUAUAAGAGAUGUAAUUAUUUUUGUAUGAGUGCAGGUAUAUUGAUUAUUGUAUAAAGUUCUCCUCAAAUGAGAUGAUUGUAUUACCUUAUCAAAAUGAAGGAAAAUAUGCCGAGCCUAUAAUUCUGAUUAUAUUUCUUCUGUUUUACAUGUAUUAAUCUAAUAUAUAGUCUUUUGUUUACACUACAUUCCUAUUUUAUAUAUACAUUAAUAUAUAUAUGUAUAAUAGGACGUCCAGUUUUUAUACCUAAACAUCACAUUUAAGUCGUGCUUGAUAUCUGUUUCAUGUCUAAUGAAGUCUGUGACCUCUGAUAUAAUUUUGCAUGAGCAAUAAUCUCCUUUUAAUAAAGUUAGUUAUG